AUGUCUACCGAAAUCCACAACUCUCGUGACGGAGACACGACUCUCAUACUUACUGACCCCAACACUGGGCUCAGGAGUGCUGUGCAUACUUAUCCGCGUGAAUUCGAGGAUUUGGUCGAAGACCAAGGAGAAUUCGCGGUUGUAGUCGAAAGAGACUCUAAGACAGGAGAAGUUCGAUUCAUCGAGGCUCUCCUCCCAAAAGAGCAGACUUUCGGCUCCGCUGAACUGAAAGUCGCCUACUUGCAAUGCGCGCGCGAUGAGAAAAGUUGGGAUGAAGUCGCUUCGAAGGCUUUCGAUUUCGCGGAUGUAGACGAGCCUAAACCUAAGCAGCCAAAAGCACACCCAGUUUCGGGUAAGCCUGAGGUCAAGCCUAAGAUUAAAGGCGUGUCUACUGGGAAGAAGUACAAGAAAGUAGCCGAUAAAGUGAAGCCUGUACUGGGAACCUUACCCUCCGAGUUCAGGAUCGAUCGGAAAAUCAUAGGCGAUCCUCUAGAAGGAAUGCCAAAAUUACCUACCCACCCACCGGAGUUCACACCUACGGGUCGGUACACACAAGAGCGAAAAGACUUAAUGGGACAAGUUGCACCCCGAAGGCUUCCUAUGGCCUGA